GUUUUUUCUGUAUAGCAUUUGAUUUACAUAACAUUCUGUCUAUAAAAUCACACAACACAAAGUACACUAGACAUGACCACACGUAUUCACAUAGAUCGUAGAUUUCAAUUUUAGACGCUCCCGCACGAUGCCACGAUCCUUCUCCUUGCACGUCACCGACACUAAGAAUUUAUCGUAGACAAUACGGUAUGUCGAAUUGACAACCCCUUUCGUGUAUGCCCUGUUAUUACGCGCAAUCGUUUUAUGCACGCAAGCGCACCGCACAACACUAUACUUUAGCCCACCUAUUAUCAUAUACAUCUGUUCAGUCAUGCUCGUGCUUCUACUACCACUCGAUUAUUUGCCAUCCUUAAACUCGAAAUGCGGGAACUCCGUUAACGAAAAUAAUAGAAAUCCUAAUAAAAUAAAAAAACAAAAAGCGAGCCAAACGCAAAGUUCGCGAUCAAUUUACGUAGUCACGCAUAGAAUCUCGAUCUAGAAAAAGUUAAGAUCGCAUAAUGAAUCGAAGCGCUAAACACUCGUCGACAGCGACCUGGGUGAGCAGACAGGAGAAUGACUUAAACUACGCGAUACAAGUGACCCGUGUCAUUCUUCGAAUAAUCGGCCUGUGGCCAAUUUCCAAAGUUGCUUCUAACGCGGAAAAAAUUGUAAUUCGCGUACUGAAUGUCUCGUGUUACCUACUAUUCGCGUUCAUCCUGGUGCCGGGUUUGCUGCUGAUAUUCUUAAAGGAACGUGACAUGAGGCGGAGGGUAAGACUGUUGGGUCCACUUCUAAACUGUUGGAUAGGUUGCGUGAAAUACAGUCUACUCGUGUACAAUGCGAAGGAGAUCCAAACCUGUUUGCAACAGAUGCGAAAAGAUUGGCAGAAUAUAACCGAUUGGGACGAUCGUAAAGUUAUGUUGUCCAAGGCAAAAGUAGGCCGGAAGCUUGUGAUUCUCUCCGCCGCCUUCAUGUAUAUCGGUGGAUUAUCUUACCGUACGCUCGUGCCGCUCUCGAAAGGACGAAUGCUGACGCCGAUGAACACCACGGUGAGAGCGCUGGCCUGUCCGAGCUACUUCCUCAAAUUCGACGAGCAGGCCUCGCCGGCAUACGAGAUCGUCUUCACCCUGCAAUUUUUCGCAGGACUGGUUACCUAUUCUGUGACAUGCGGCGUAGCCGGAUUAGCCGCUUUCCUCAUUAUGCACGUUUGCGGACAGCUAGCUAUUUUAAUCAGGAAGUUCCAGCGUCUCAACGACAUGCCGGAGCCGAAAGACCGAGUCGUUGCGAUGUUGUUGGCUGAUAUUGUAGAACAUCAAAUAAAAGUGAAAAGUUUUUUGAAACAAAUCGAGGAAGCAAUGCGAUACGUAUGGUUAGCCGAAAUAUUGGGAUCCACUUUACUUCUAUGUCUCGUAGGAUUCUAUAUCAUUAUGGAAUGGGAGAGUAGCGAUUCUACAGCCACUUUAACCAUGACUGUGAUGCUUGCAUCUUUCACUUUUUCCAUUUUUACUGUCUGCUACGUCGGUCAACUCCUAAUUAAUCAGAGUAUAGAAGUUGCGUUGGUGAUAUCUACGAUGAGUUGGUAUCGUCUUCCGUAUAAGAAGGCUCGCGGUUUAAUCCUGAUAAUAGCGAUUUCCAAUAUUCCCAUGAAAAUCUCAGCAGGCAGGCUGAUAGAAAUGUCUUUACCCACGUUCAGUAAUAUUGUCAGAACAUCAAUGGCAUACUUUAAUUUGCUCAGAAAAUUUAUUUGAUCUGCAUCUUCGGUGAGACGAUAUCUUUCAUAUAUGGUUUAUUUAAUAAGAUUAUAUUCAAACACUAAUCCGCAACCGAUACUCAGCACAAAUGAAUAAUAUAACAAAUAUUCUCUAUCCCAAUUUUAGUUUAUCACCUUUAUCAAUAAUAAGAUAUUUCGCGAGAAUCUAGAUUUUGAACAUUUUUGUGACAUUUUUACCAAGCCAUUACUUGCUAAUUUAUUUGGAAUAAAUUAUUUUAUGAAAUUAAAUAUUCCGGCAUUAAGUUUGUCAUUCACUUCAUUAACAAUUCGCGUACUAUAACUUUGUUGUACUCGAUAUAUCUCUAUGAUCUGAC